UCCUCCUCUUGGCGGAUAACGGUGUCCAAGAAGUUAUCCAGGACAGACAAUAGCACCGGGACUAGUCUAUCUUGCGGGCUUUGAUACGCGUCCAUCACUACUUAUUAAUGCUGUCCGCGUCCGUGUUGUGUCACUCACAGAGAAAAACGCUCGGCUGAAACCACACCAUGGACGAUUUGGGAGUGCCUGAGCCACUUAACUACCCUCUCAGUCCUCGUAUUGUUGUGUUUGAUGCCCUCCUCGCCGAUCUGGAGAACACCGGCUCUCCUCUAGCUCGGUGUCCUGUCCUACUCACCUCUGACCCUCCAAAAACUGCCGACCCCGAGAACCAGGAGACCGCCGCCCCCCGGCCGCCGCCGCCCGCCUACACCCCACAGCAGACUGUUUCUGCUGCAAUGAAAUCUUCCCAGAAUUCCAAUCCAGACAAAUUAUACAGCACAGUGUGUAAACCGCGCUCUCCACGCACGGCUGAUCCUCCUCCAGCCUUCUCCUCCUCCUCGCUGCUGGGAGGAGGUCUGAGUGAACUGGACCAUCUGUUACAAGAGCUGAAUGCCACCCAGUUCAACAUCACAGAUGAGAUCCUGGCUCAGUUUCCUUCCUCUAAGAAUGAUGAGAGAGACAAGAUCAAAGAUAAGGCGGCGCCCUCCUCCUCCAGCUCUGCGAAGCCUUCAGCAACAUCGGCCACACUGGAACUGGACAAACUGAUGGCUUCUCUGUCCGACUUUAGAGUCCAGAGCACACCAGCUGCACCUGUCAGUCCAGUAGUGACGACACCACAGCAGCCCGCCGCCCCGCCACAGGCCUCAUCCGGGGGCGGCUCAUUGGACAGCAUGCUGGGGCUGCUUCAGUCAGAUCUGAGCCGACAAGGAGUCCAAACCUCCUCCAAAGGAAACUGUUCAGCUUGUCAAAAACCAGUAGUAGGACAGGUGGUAACAGCUCUUGGGAAGGUGUGGCACCCGGAGCACUUUGUGUGCACCGAGUGUGAGACGGAGUUAGGCAGUCGCAACUUCUUUGAGAAGGACGGGCGGCCGUACUGCGAGUCGGACUACUUCACCCUGUUCUCCCCUCACUGUGCGCACUGCAACAAGCCCAUUCUAAACAAAAUGGUCACUGCUCUGGAUAAGAACUGGCACCCAGAGUGUUUCUGCUGUGUGAAGUGCAGCCGGGCGUUUGGAGAGGAAGGUUUCCAUGACCGUGAGGGCCAGCAGUACUGCCAGCAGUGCUUCUUGACUCUGUUUGCCUCCCGGUGUCAAGGAUGCAGCCAGCCCAUCCUGGAAAACUACAUCUCAGCUCUCAACUCUCUGUGGCACCCGCAGUGUUUCGUAUGCAGGGAGUGCUACUGCCCCUUCGUCAACGGCAGCUUCUUCGAACAUGAGGGUCAGCCGCUGUGCGAGGCCCACUACCACCAGUCCCGCGGCAGCAUGUGUCAGGCCUGCCAGAAGCCUAUCCUGGGCCGCUGCGUCACCGCCAUGGGGGCCAAGUUCCACCCCCACCACCUCGUGUGUCACUUCUGCCUGAAGCCGCUGAGCAAAGGCUGCUUCAAGGAGCAGGAGAACAAACCCUACUGCCACCCCUGCUUCAUCAAACUGUUCGGCUGAGGACACUUUGCCUCCCCCCUCUGGCUCUGGGUCACCAAGUGAAGAAGCUAUUAGUUCUCAUUUUGUUUUGUUUUUUAUUGUGGGAAUGAGGGUGGAGCUGGUCUCUUUCUUGGUUUUAAGAAUAUUCGAGAUGCUAGAGGGAGGGGAAUAAAAAAUGAAUCAUCCCGCCCGUUUAAUUCCUGUUUAUUUCACAUUAAAAGUGGACUGGCAGUGUGAAAUAUGACUCUAGCAUUGGUUAGACAGAUACAAAAUGAUGCCAAAGGAUUUUGUCAUGUAUGUAACUCCUUUACAUAUGGUAUUGAUUCAAAUUGAAUACUGAAAAUUGAAUUAUUUUUGCCAAAGGUAGAACAGAAACAGUAUGUUGAGAGUAAAUGUAUUGUUUCAGUGAAGGACUUGUACUGUUGUGCAAAAUUAAAAAACAAAAUCCCCUUUAAUAUAUUUGCUUUAUUGUGCAAAAAGUAUAAGCACCACUGCAAUUGCAUUUAUACAUUGUAUGCUGACUGCUAUAUACUGUAUGUUUUGUGUAAGCUCUCAUUUGUUUAAUGUCAAAUAUUUUUUGCAUUAUU